UCGUUGUCUUCGCCUUUAGAUAGCUUCCGCACACACCAAGAUACACUCAUUUUUAAAGGAUUUAUUGCUAUGAGCUGCCUCCCUAAUAUCAAGGUACUGUAGCAUUGCCUGUAGACUCUAGCGCAAUGGCCAAUAUUUUAACGUUUCAAACACAAAUCGCCUCAGUUAUGGAAGUGCUCGCAAACGCCGCUGUAGCAGAAAUCUGCAGACUUGUUGAGGACAGCUAUGCCGAAUUACAAAUCGAAAUAUCCCAAAGACAAAAGGAGAAUAACCUCCUUAAAAAGAAAUUGAAAAUGACAGAAAUCCGGGAAUCGUUUUAUCGCAGAGCGCAUAAACUUAGGAGCGCGUCGACCACAACAACUAGUGCUCACGACAAAGUAGCAGAGCGAAUCGUGAGAGUGAAAGUGGGUUCGCUGAAUGAUGAGUGUAGUGAUGGAGAGGGAUCAGCCCGUUCGGGUGAGGGCUCACUACAAACCAAAACACUUGAUCAGUCUAUAAGGGAUGAAGAGCCAGAUGUUCUUAUCAUUAAAGAGGAGAAAACUGACAGCAUAAGGUGUGGACAGUCUGACGGAGAAGCAAGGAUUGCUGAAAAUUAUAAAGAGGACCCCCAGUCUAUAAAUGCAGGGGUCUUUGGAACAGUCAACAGAGAUAACUUCAUUGACCACAAUACAAAUCAACACUGCCGUCGAGAGUCCAAUGGCAUGCAACCUGAUCUCCCUAAGGAUGAAAACCCAGAGCUGAAUGUGACAGAUGAAGACACACACAUACUCCGUGUUGAAUCCAGAAAGGAGAGAUGCUCCGAUGGAGAGGCAGAGAUUAACCUGCAGUCUGUCACCUCCUAUGCCUCAUGGGAUUCCAGAAGAUUUGAAGCAACAGCAAAUAAUCACUCAUACACUGAAGCUGAAUGCAACGCAGGGCCUUCUGCAAAUCAAUACUUCAUGUACAGAGGGAGUGCAGAUCCCACGUGUUCUUAUGCAUCUCAGAUAGACUCUAAUGGCUUGUCUGUACCUGAUGUGGAUAGCCAUGUACCACUCAUUGAUGAUGCUGUUGGGCCUGAGAAGGUGGUAAUUUCUCAGUCUGAGUUAUCGUCAUAUACACCUUGCUUUUCUUUUAAACAAUCAGACACUCCUCAGAUGCACAGAAAAGACAAGUUUAUGUGUAAACACUGUGGAAAAGCUUUCUCUCAACCUAGCAGUCUCCUUUUGCACCAGAAACUUCAUGCCAGGGAGAGGGCUUACAACUGCACACUCUGUGGUAAAAGAUUCAGUCACCCAUCUAGUCUCAAAAGACACCAAAGCAUUCAUAUGGGAGAGAAACCCUUCAGAUGCCUGCACUGCGGCAAGCAAUUCUCUGAUCCAAGUAACCUCAAGAAGCAUGUGAAUGUUCACACUGGUGAAAAACCUUAUGGUUGUAGCCAGUGUGGAAAAAUGUUCAACCAAUCAUCUAACCUCAAAACACACAUGAAGAUCCACACGCGUGAGAAGCCUUUUGGUUGUGAACUGUGUGGAAAGAUGUUUGCGUAUAAAUACAGCUUGGUGAAACACCAACAGAGAAACUGUAUGUCUCAGCUACAGUAAAUCUUACUGGACAGAUGUAGGCUUUGUUCAGCAGGUUGAGAAGACUUGCCUAGUCUAUUUCUCAGUAGACGUAAUGGUAUGUGUGCUGCAGGAGGGGAAAGAUUUGCAUAGAUUGAAGAGAACAAUAAAAUUCCACAUUAAAACACAUUUACACUGUUGGAUCCUUAUGGCAAUUUACAUCACAUUCGAGGCCCUGUUCCUGCACCCCGGAGGAGUGGAAAUCUGCCGCCGAUGCCGGCUCCUCACUUGCGCCGUUUUAUCCCUUUCCCGGCAACUUCAGGAUUUACCCGCUCUCCCCCUCAGGCAGAUGUUCCUGCCCCCACAAGUGUGAGUGUAGCACCUGGGGCAGCCUGCUGGCAUUGCAGGGAUCCAGAACACUUCCGGGAUCAUUACAAGGAUAUUUUCCAAUGUACAAGGGACAUUGUGGCUGGGUGGAGGGUGGGGCCGGGUCGUGAUUCAGCACACCCGGCAACUAAUUAGGCUAAUUAGCCCUCAAGAGGGAUAAAGGCUGUACGAAGAUGGCAGUGCGACAGA